GCGUCGCUUCGUUCAUGACCGAUCGCUCGCACACCGGCGUGAAGUUGCGUGCUGGUUAGAUGGUAAAUUCACGAGGUUCAUGGUGCACGAGUCUAUCACAUACCACCAUCGUGACGACCGCGUUUACGGGAGAGGCACGAUUUGGCGCGAGAAGGCAACGUGGUGCAUCGAUGGUGGUCGAACAAGGCUAAGGCGCGAGAACCAUCGAGGAUGUCGAUAGUAUUCCGGGAGACUGACAACACCAACGUCGUCGAUCAUGUCGGCGAUGACAGACUUCGCGCCGGGACCGACAGCUUCCCGAGCAUCAACGAGAGGCCGGUCGACGACAUCUCCCUCGAGUUCUUUUACAAACCGCACACGAUCACCCUACUGCUCAUCUCCAUUGGCGCCGUCAUAUACUCGGCGUUCACUAGAAAUACCACCAAUGUCGAAGACAACAUGUGGGCAGGCAUGUUGUGUGUCAUUUUCUUCUUCCUCAUCAUAUCCGUCUUAACAUUCCCCAAUGGUCCAUUCACGAGGCCUCAUCCAGUGGUAUGGCGGAUAGUAUUUGGCUGCAGUGUUCUUUAUCUGAUGGGUCUGUUGUUUAUGUUGUUCCAAAACUACGGGACAGUCAGAAGGAUUCUGGUAUGGGUGGAUCCAGGUUUAGCGUCUUUCCACAUUGACAUGGACAAGGAGUAUGGCGUUAAUUGCUCAGAUGUCACGAUAGAAAAAAUUUGGAAUCAUUUGGAUGUAUUUGCAAUGGCUCAUUUUCUCGGCUGGGCCUUCAAAGCUAUUCUGAUUCGUCAUCUUGGCAUUCUCUGGGCCAUCAGCGUCAUGUGGGAGGUGACAGAGAUCGCCUUCGCGCACUUGCUGCCAAACUUUGUCGAGUGUUGGUGGGAUGCGUUGAUUCUGGAUGUUCUUGUAUGCAAUGGAUUGGGUAUCUGGGUUGGUCUGAAGAUCUGCUCUAUAUUAGAGAUGCGAGAAUAUAAAUGGGUCAGCAUCCGUGACAUCGAGAGUACUACUGGGAAAUUGAAGAGAGCAAUGUUGCAAUUCACUCCUGGUAGCUGGACAUCUGUCAGAUGGCUAGAUCCCACUUGCACACAUAUGCGAUUGGUCGCAUUGUGUCAGUUAGUGAUAUUCUGGCAAGUCUCCGAGCUCAAUACCUUCUUUUUGAAGCAUGUCUAUGAGUUUCCGCCAUCUCACCCCUUUGUUGUGGCCAGAUUAGUGCUAAUUGGUGUCAUAGUCGCACCAUCAGUUAGGCAGUAUUAUAUGUUUGUGACUGAUCCGACAUGUAGUCGAGUGGGAACUCAGUGUUGGGUGUAUGGGGCUAUCAUGGUGACUGAAGCCCUACUGUGUAUACGCCAUGGUGCAGCUCUAUUUGAGCGCACUCAGGCUCUCAAUAUCCUCCUCUGGCUGCUCUGCCAGUCUCUAGUCUCUGUUCUCUGUGUCUAUGGCUGCGUCUUGUGGCAUCAGUACUUUGAGACGGGAAAGAAAGCCACUAUAAGGCGGUCCGUCUCCCAUCUAGGCAACUUUAACACAAACGUAAGCGGGAAUAUGGUUCGCCGUACGAAAUCUGUGGAAGAAUUGGAUAAGAAGGAGCUUUGAGGGGAAAACUAAAGAAGACCGUUCGACGGUGAGCUGUGAACGUUAAUGAUAUUUUCUAGUCGAAUAAAACAAUCGCGCGUAGAAAUUCAUGGGAUGAAUGAUAAUGCGUGCGUGGGAAUUAAUUACUUAUGAUAUGACGUGGUGUAAAUGUCUCCGAAACCGUUGUUCUUUGUUCCUCAGAAUAAAUGGAUGUUGUUACGUUGUUACUACUUGAGUGAUCCGCGGACGCUCCGAUUUAGCGUUCGGUCAGGUUCGAUGCGAGUCUUGCGUAAAAACCAUUUAUUGAUUCAUAUUCAUAUACAAUUAUAUUUCUACUCAUUUUCAUUUAAUGUAGCUGUAAUUUUAUCUCGCAAAGAAUGCGCUUGCAACGACAUGUUUGCUAAAAUACUGGUUUUAAAUUUAAGACACAUUACAUAUCUUCCUUGCACACGUGUGAAUAAGAAUCUCUUUAUAUAUUAAUUUAGAGAUACAGAAGCAAAAUACACACGUUUUUCGACUCUUUUUUUUUAUAUAAAAUUGGAUUAAAGGUAUAGUCUUACAUGUAUCGUUCGUGAAUGGAACUUAAAAGUAAAUACUUAGUAUUUUUAAUUCCAAACAAAAGAUAAAUCCAAUCGUUUGUCCGAAUCUAUAUAUUAGAAAAAUUUACGUGUGAAUCUCGCAGAACGGAUAGAGGGACGUGAAUUUCGUUUUUGUAUCCAUCAAUUUAGUCUUUUAAUAGUUUGCGUCGCGAAUAUUUGUAGACUGACCGAGUCUACACUAAAUAAAAUUGAAACGUCCGCGGUUGCCUGUUUAUCACAUUUUCCGCGAACGGUUUUCACUCUGGCAUCAAUGCGGCGGUCUCCUUGAAAUCUAUAUACGGAAAGACGCUACAAACAUCGUUGGGCGCGAUUUGCGAACCUACCGGGCAAUUCCACGCCUCGGCGAGGAGUACACUGUUCGAUGCAGAGACGAACACGUGAAUCCGGUUCGGCAGAUUCUCGCUCUCGUGCAAAGAGAUGUACGACGACGUGAGUGAUGUCUUCGUGCAAUAUGUCUGCAAUCGGCAAAGAUAAAUAAAAAUUCAAUAAGCGUUCAUCCGGACCGAAUCAACGAUGGUCGGUUUCGGGGAUACCGAGAUACUUUGGAUUUUAUUAUUAUCCAAAAUGUUUGAAGAGAAUCCCCCCCUUCCCCUCACUAAAUAAAACUAUUGUUAAUGUAAACCAAACUGUGAGAACAGUACCUGAGCGUAGGCGAGAUAAAAUAAUUGGUUGAUGCGGAGUUUUAUCCACGGAAGCCUCCUUUCUGCAUCCGAUCUCGUAAGAGCCAAAGUAUCAUAGGCUAGUCUGAGUCCCAUAAUUUCAGACAACCGCUCGUUCAAGGUCAAUCGCGGAAUCUAGAAUAUUUCGACAAGUAUUGAUAAUUUGCGUAUGCAAAUAAUUCAAUAAAUUACGCAAUUCGCAGGAAA